GUCGUGAUCACACCGACAAGAGUUCUGUUCGGACCGCCACAGGCCAUGCUGGCGAACCGUUUGCUGCGAGAAUAUGGAGACCGCGUUUCUUUCCUUCGUGUGAGUUUCUGCUCGGAAAAUCUGGACGAACUAAACGACGCGGAACAGCUAAACGAAUGCAUCAGCCGUGUAUUCGAGGGCGGAAUCAGAAUCGGCUCCCGGCGGUACCGGCUUCUAGGGUGGAGCAACUCGCAAAUGCGGGGCCGCUCGUGCUGGUUUUACCACAGUGCUUCCGUGACCGUGGACCAGAUUCGACGCUGGGUGGGGAACCUAGACGCCGUGUACGCAAAGGGCGGGAUUGCGAAGUACGCCAGUCGUCUGGCCUUGGCGUUCUCCAGCAGUCGGCCGACGGUGCGAGUUUCGCGGAGUGCUCUUGCCACGCUCCCGGACGUAGAACGGAACGGGUUCUGCUUCACCGACGGUAGCGGCCAAAUUACGCUCUCGUUCGCACGGCUACUCGCAGAAAAGUUGCAACUUCCGUCCUUUUUGCAACAGCAUCCUCCCAGCGCGUAUCAGAUCCGGUUUGGCGGCGCCAAGGGUGUGCUAGUGGUGAAUCCGUCUCUGCCGGAUGGCGGAUGCCACCCGCAAAUCUACUUGCGGCCCAGUCAGGUGAAGUUCGAAUCCGAGUACUCCAUGAUGGAGGUGCUCAGCUAUGCGAAGCCGACCGACUGCUACCUGAAUCAGCAAAUUGUGCUCCUACUUUGCUCCUGUCGGGUGCCCGAGCAGGCGUUUCUGCGGGUUGUGGAGCGUGGGCUGGAGGAAAAGGCGCGGACGCUACUCGAACCGCUUGCGUCCGCGGCCUACCUUCGCCGGGUAGGCUUUAACAUUCCUGCCAGCGCUGUCUCCGACGCACAGGGCGGCUUUGAUCCGCUCGUAGAACCAUUUUUCUCAAGGCUGCUGCAAAACCACUACCGGGCCGAAGCACGCAAGAUUCGCAAACGGACAGCGGUGCGCGUGGCUAAGGGCAGAACUCUUUUGGGCAUUCCUGAUGACUUCGGUGUUCUGCGGGAAAACGAGGUGUUUGUGCGGAUCACCAAACCUGACCAUCUGCGGCCACAUGAAGCGAGCGCGGUCGAGCACAUUGACGGGCCGCUCUCAGCUUGCGAGGUAAUUCGCGGACCUGUAACGGUGACGAAGAAUCCAUGCCUUCACCCCGGCGACAUACGCCUCCCAACUGCCGUGGAUGGAGAAGAAGUGAGGCAAAAGCUCGGCCAUUUGCGGGACGUCGUCGUGUUCUCGACCGAGGGGGACCGGGACAUGCCCAACAAAAUCGCGGGAUCGGAUCUGGAUGGUGACAUGUAUCACGUUUGCUGGGAGCCCUCGUUGCGCCCACAAGUCAUCCACGACCCAAUGGACUAUUCGGAAAGUACCAACGAGCCGCUGCGGCCCGACGAGGAUGAGACAUUAGAGGACCAGCUGCGGGAGUACUUCAAACGCUCCUGCUCUAGCGCCUCCCUCGGCCAGAUUGCAAACGCCCACAAGGUCUUCGCCGACAUGGAAGGUGCGGAAUGUAAAAAGUCGCUCGCACUUGCGCGGUGCCACUCCGAUGCAGUGGACUUUCCAAAAACCGGCGUUCCGGCCCAGGUGCCCGAUGAUUGUCGUCCGAAAGAAUGGCCUGACUUCAUGGAGAAAACGGACAAA